ACUCGGUUUCGAUUGAAUCUCCUCCGGUUGCUCAAACAACGGCGCCACUUUCGAAAUUACCCGCUCGAGUCGCACGGUGAUGACGACAACAUCAUCGUGACUCUAACAAGCCGCGCCAGUGGAAGAGCAAAGUUUUUGCUGUGUAAUCCGGACGCUUGACGCUCAUACUUGACUGCUGUCUCACCUGAUUUUCACCGUUAUUCCGUGUUGGUUCGGUUGGAGACGAUGGAAUAUUUAAUCGGUAUACAGGGACCGGAUUUCGUUCUCGUCGCAGCCGAUAAUGUGGCCGCCAGCAGCAUCAUUCAGAUGAAACACGAUUAUGACAAAAUGUUCAAGCUGAGUGAAAAGAUCCUGCUGCUGUGUGUCGGAGAGGCCGGAGACACGGUGCAGUUCGCGGAGUACAUCCAGAAGAACGUUCAGCUGUACAAGAUGAGAAAUGGUUAUGAACUCAGUCCAACAGCAGCAGCAAACUUCACACGGAAGAACCUUGCAGAUUAUCUCCGGAGCAGGACUCCGUACCACGUGAACCUGCUGCUGGCCGGCUACGACGAGGCCGAAGGUCCUGGUCUCUUCUACAUGGACUACCUGUCUUCUCUGGCCAAGGCCCCCUUCGCUGCUCACGGAUACGGGGCGUUCCUCACCCUGUCCAUCCUGGACCGCUACUACAGACCAGAUCUGAGUCGAGACGACGCCGUGGACCUGCUGAAGAAGUGUGUUGAGGAGCUGAGCAAACGCUUCAUCCUGAACCUGCCGUCCUUCACCGUGCGUCUGAUCGACAAGGACGGGAUCCACGACAUGGAGAAGCUGACGCUGAGCGGAGAGAUGGCGCGGCCCAUGAAGGCCACCUUCUACCCGGCGGCCUGAAGCCACACACCUGCUGUUUUUGUACCGACAACCUUUGUUUUUGUUCUGUUCCAAUAAAAAAACACCUCCA